AUGCGAUUCAUCCUGGCUCUGUGCUUCCUCGCCAUCGUCCUCUGCAUCCACAAUGCUGAUGCUGCUACAUACAGGAAGCCGCCUUUCAAUGGCUCCAUUUUUGGCAAAAGAGGUGUUGUUGAGUACGAUUCUACCGGCAGAGCUUUAUCGGCGUUGUGCGAGAUUGCCGCUGAAACUUGCCAGGCGUGGUACCAAACCCUCGAUAGUUAA